AUGUGGAUAGAUUCAGCCAGAUGGAGGAGGGAGGUCGUGGUUGGGGAUGUUUCAGACCUUGCUUUCCAGGAAGAUGUGGAGAGCCCUGAGACUAUCCUGAUGGGGAAUGGACGUGUAAUGGGAUUGCAAAUCCAUGGUGAGGAGGUGAUGUCUGGAGCUUGUAAACUGGAAAUUCUUUGUUGCUAUCUGAAUGGGGUCCAGCAGGUUUCAGGCAAACUCCAUUUUUGUGUUUCUUUUUGUAGUGGUGCAUGAGGGUACGAAGACCGCUAUCAGAAACUCUCCGAUACCAUUGAGGGGAAGUUUCCUGAUGCGGAGAUCUCCGGAAAUGUUGGGAAGAGAGGCAGCUUUGAGAUUGAAAUCAAUGGGAAGCUGGUCUUUUCCAAGCUAGAAACUGGUGGCUUUCCAUACCCUGAAGAUGUCCUCGAUGCAAUCCAAAAAGCCAACAAUGGAGAAGAAGUACAGAAAAUUGUCAAGAGUCGCCCUCCUUGUGUUAUUCUGUAGCUCAACCUAGAUGGUGCUUCCUGUCUAUCUGCUACUAAUCUGUCAUGUUUUCAGAACUCAAACUUGCCUUGAAGUCUGUCCUAGUCUAGAUCCAAAAGAUAUAAAAGUACAGGAAGUCCAGGGGAGUGUGAUGUUCAGCUUUUUAGUGUCAGACUCCAGGAUCGUCAGUGCGUCAUUUAUUCUUUGAAGCUGCGGUGACCUGAUAGAGUUUAGCUUUCUCUGUUAGCUCAUUCUGCUUCAGCUAUAACUUGUCAGUCCUGCUUCUCUGAGCGUGUUAGACAAAUGCAUUUUUAAAAUAAUUCUCCCAUCCAAACUAGUGGGCGAAUCACUCCUUUGCUGCCUCUGUCUUCCUAAAGAUUGGUUCCCCCACCCACAGUUCCAACUUGGACAGAUACUGUUUUCUGCAGAAAUUCAGUUAACCCUAGGAUUAAGCCCGGGCUGCUGUUAAACACAAAGUUAACCCAGUACAAAUAUUGCCAUGUCUACCCCCUCAUCUACCUGAAAUCAUGGCCAACGAAUGAAAGCAACCAGAUUCUGUUGUCCAAUCACUGAGAAUCUGGAUGGCUGAUUGUUUGCACUGAUCUUUAUCCUUGCAUUGAUUUUCAGUCAGCAGCCACCUUCAUGUUAGAGGUCAGGAUGUUUUCGAUUGCUGUCCAGCAGUCUUGUCUAAUCACAGUUGAUGUAAACAAAAAUGGUGAUGGGAAAUGCUGUCAACUUGCACUUUCACUAACCCCGCCCCCCCCACCUCUCCUGGACCACUCACCAAACAGGAAGACAUGAUAAUGUGUGUCAGAUCUCCCUAUACAAUGAGAAGGCCAGAUCAGGGCUCCAAACCAAAAUGCCUCUAUUCUCAAUAUUACUGCUGUAAUGUUCUGAUUGACCUGUAAAAAUGGAAAAUGCUAGGUUCGACCAAGCUCAGAGAGGCAGGUUUCUCUCCCGUCCUUCCCUUCUAUCUAUGAGGAGUCUUAGUUACAUGGUUGGUGUCAGUCUGUGUGGUGACUGAGAAGUGUAACAUUUUCCUCUUGUUUGGGAGUGUGCUGUGUCUGUGUUUUCUUGGUUUUAGAGGUUGUGAACCACACUGGGAUUUUCUGAAAAAUCUGCUGCUGAAUUACUGAAAUUGUUGACUUGCUGCAGCUUUAGAAUUUGGUUCUAUAAAUGACUAUUUUAACUUAAAAAAAAUUAAUGGUUAAAAUAUGAAAAGAAACAGAUGCCAUCUUCUAGUGGCAGAGCAGGUUUACAACUUCAGUAAUUUUAUUUUAAAAUGUAUCAAUUAUGCUUUUUAAAUUUGGCUGUAUUUCAAAUACAAUUAAAAUAUUUAUAUGCUAGCAGAAA